ACGCGGGAUUUUGGCAGUGGCACCAGAGAGGCACUAGAGGGCGCUGACACUACACCUGGAAACUCUCUCCGCUCGCCUUAACGUCAUUUCCUGACUCUGCUGCUUUCUUCCUUUUCCGUCAGCCAUUUGUGCUCUGCGGUCUAGAAAGCCUUUACGGCUACUGAAAAAUCGUCACCAUGCAGAACGACGCUGGAGAAUUCGUGGACCUGUAUGUGCCUCGUAAAUGUUCUGCUAGCAACAGAAUUAUUGGUGCAAAGGACCAUGCCUCCAUCCAGAUCAACAUUGCUGAGGUUGACAAGGUCACAGGCAGGUUCAAUGGCCAGUUCAAGACCUACGCCAUCUGUGGUGCUAUUCGUAGAAUGGGUGAGGCUGAUGACUCUCUCCUGAGGCUGGCAAAGAACGACUCUAUUGUGUCAAAGAACAUAUAAGUAUAAGAAAGGACAUCUGGCGUUUCUUUGUAAAAUAAAAUUGUAAAAAAAAAAAAAA